CGUGUCCCAAAGCCUGUGGAGGGGAUUUUUUGUGGUAUUCACAGACUGUUUCAUGUGUCAAUACGAGAGGAGCGUAAUUACCAGCUGAGAAACUGCAGGAAAUAAAUCAAGGCUGAAUGAACAAAAUGGAGAAUAAAGAGAAGCGCAGAGGACACACAUAUCUUAAAAGCAUUACGGAUGUAUGCAUUUACGUUGUCUGGGGAGCCUGGAAAUAUAGAAGAGAUUAUGACUGCAAAGGAAUGAAUUCAAGGACUAGUCUAUGGGGAGUAUUUUUUUUUUCCCUGUGACUUCAAACUUCUCUCAGCGCUUGCAGAGUUUUAGUCAGCUGGCAUGCAACAGAGGUACGACUUCCCCAAGGAAACUCUUCCUUGGCUUGAGCUGGAAAGGCUGCUGGGAGAGUCGGGGGAAAAAAAAGCUGCGAACAGAGACGAAACCUUCUCCUCCUCCAGCCAGAGAGCAGAGCCAUGAAACUGUACAUCAUCUUCUUCCUGGCAGUGGUGAACAAAGAAACCUCUAACUACCAACUCCCCGAGGGGACAGCCUGUGAAAUGGCAAAUUCUCAGGCAUUUUGCCACAACAAAGACCUCCACCAAAUCCCUCACGAACUCUAUCCAAAUGUAAACAAAAUAGAUCUGUCGGGAAAUCUGAUUCAAAGCAUUCCUGAAAUGUCAUCAUCAUUUUACACUUCCCUUCAGUGCCUGGAUUUAAGCUCUAACCAGAUAAGUUUCAUCACGCCUGGAGUCUUUGCACACAUGAACAGUUUGCUGGAAAUAAAUUUAGCCAACAAUCAUUUAUAUGAGCUUGCUCAAAAUGGCACAGAGGGGAUCGGACUCUUACCCAAGGUGGAAGUACUGGACUUGUCCCACAACAGUCUGUACAGUGGGAUGGCUGAGUAUUUCAUUAAAGAAGCUCCAGCACUGCAGUAUCUUUCCUUGGCAGACAACAGUAUUAUAAUGAUUUCACAAAAGAUGUUUCAGGGAUCUCCCAAUCUUGUGGAGAUAGAUCUUCAGAGCAACAUCAUCAUGGAAAUAGAAGAAGGUGCUUUUGAGAAUCUAGUGAGCCUGUCCAAACUCAAUCUCUCAAAGAAUUCAAUUACUUGCAUCUCUGAUUUUAACCUCAGGCAGCUGGAGAUACUUGACCUCAGCAGGAACAGCAUUGAGACCUUCCACACCACAAAAUCAGAUGAUGAAUAUAGCUUAAGGUGUUUGGAUCUGAGUGAAAACAAACUGUUUCAUUUUCCAGUGUUCCCUCAGGUAAAUAAGCUGGUAACUCUGAAUUUAUCAAAGAAUUUAAUCCAGCUCACUGCUGAAACCCCUCAUAAUAAAAUGGACUAUGUGAAAAAUGAAUGGCUAAAUGCUUCUUUCCAUCUUCUUGAUCAGAAGCAAAGUAGAAACAAAAGUUCUCUUUAUUUAUCCCAGCUUGUAUAUUUAGACUUAAGUUAUAAUGAAAUCAAAUCCAUUCCAGAUGAGUUCUUUGAAUCAAUGUUGUCCCUUCACACCCUUAACCUCAGUAAAAACUGUCUUCAGUCAUUUGCAGUAAGUUAUGACAGUGCAUUGAUGUCUUUAACUGUCCUUGACUUGAGCUACAAUGCUUUGCAGAACCUUCUCCUCGAUGCUGGUGCAUUGUCAAAUUUGAAGGAGCUCUAUGUUCAAAACAACUAUCUUCAAACACUGCAGUUUGACAUCUUCUCAAAUCUUCCUAGCCUUAGACUGCUUAAUCUACAAAGCAAUAACAUCAGCCUUUGCAGCAUGUACUCAGGAUUAGCUAAACAAAGACUUGCUGGAGAGCAAAGUGGUUGUGUAUCAUUUGUCAAUUCUCCUGCUCUUCAGUACUUGUACCUAGCUGACAACAUGCUGAGCAUCCUACCAGCAUACAGCUUCUACAAGACUUCUCUGGUUGUCUUGGACCUCUCCAUGAACCCUGGACUGAAAAUAGAACUUAAAGCAUUAUCAGGUCUGGAAAAGUCUCUGGAAUGUUUGUAUUUAUAUGGUAAUAGCCUGAUAAAUUUAAAUAUUGACUUGCCUUGUUUUAGUCACCUUAAACAUUUAAACCUCUCUGAAAAUCAGCUGAACUGGCUGCCUAAGUGGGAUAGUGACUCUUCACUAGAGGUUCUGGACCUACGGAACAACAGGUUCAGUACAUUACAGAACAGCAAUAUUUUAGCAUUAGAAAAUUCACUUAAAAACUUGUAUCUCACUGGGAACCCACUCGACUGCUGUGGAAACAUCUGGCUUUCAUCCAUGAUCCAGAACAAAAAUGUCCAGAUCCCCAAUGUGGAGCAUUUAACGUGCCAGCACACUCAGAAUUUUGGGUACCAGGAGGAAAUGCACAUCAAGAACAUUAGACCAGAAGACUGUGAAAAAGAGGAUCUGAAGAAAAUCAACUUCCUUAUUAUAUUAACAUUUGUGUUGGUUUUAUUGGUGAUCAUCAUUGGUGCGGGUUCAUUUUUUUGCUUCCGCAGGCAAAACUUUGCCCAUCAGUUUAAAGCAUAGUAACACAAAAUGUCUUGGAAACUGAAGAAAUCAGGUGCUACACUGACAGUGUGUAGAAAUAAAGGGUAAAAUUCUCA